AUGGGGAAAGCUAUUGCAAAAGUUUUUCCAAAUUCUGGUCAUCAAUUGUGCUCGUGGCACAUUGGGAGAAAUUUGAUGAAGUAUUUAGUUGAUUUGAAGAGCAAAGAAGGCUUCCUGGGGGACUACAACAACCGGUUACAUCGUAGUGCAUCAACUGAAGCAUUUGAGAGUAAAUGGGCUGGAAUGACCUCUACACAACGCAGUAAAAGUAUCAACUCAUUUUUUGAUGGCUUUGUUAAUUCACAAACUCCAUUAGAUGAGUUUGUUAUGCAGUAUGAUAAGGCAUUGUGUGCUCGACGAAAUGAUGAAGAAAAUGAAGACUUCAAGACUUUAAACUCUAUGCCUAACUUUCAUACAGGUCAUCCAAUUGAGAGACAUGCAGGGGAAGUGUAUACAAGAGCUGUGUUCAAUAUCUUCCAAGAAGAAUUGCGAGAAAGUGAUAGUAUGCUAGCUGAACGCAUUCAUGAUGGGACUGAUCAUGCCAAAUAUAAAAUCUACAAUCACAUUGUUAUAUUUAGGAGAGAUGGCAUUGAGCAUGGGGAGCCUAUUGGUACAUGUUCUUGUAAGAAGUUCGAGAUUGUUAUAUUUAGGAGAGAUGACAUUGAAGAUGGGGAGCCUAUUGGUACAUGUUCUUGUAAGAAGUUCGAGAUUGUUAUAUUUAGGAGAGAUGGCAUUGAAGAUGGGGAGCCUAUUGGUACUUUUAAUUUGGGAAUGCAGGCCUGUCUUGAGUUGUAA